AUGAUUCCAAAGAGCACGAGGUCGGUAUUCCACACCACCUCCACUCUGUCGUCAUCACUCCGAUGCGGCACGAGGCGGCAGUUCAGCUCGCGCAGUGCAUUGCAACAAGAAAUUCGGGACGCAUACAUUAUCAGCGCUUCAAGGACACCGACUGCAAAGUUCAACGGUUCCUUCACCACCGUCCCCGCGCCGAAGCUUGGCGCCGUUGCCAUCAAAUCCGCCCUCGAAAAGUCACGAGUUCCCGUCUCGAAAAUCAGUGAUGUCUACAUGGGCAACGUUCUGCAAGGCUCCGUCGGCCAGUCUCCCGCACGACAAGCCGCUAUUUUCGCCGGCCUGCCAUCAUCGGUCGAAGCCAUCACGAUAAACAAAGUAUGUGCGUCAGGUCUCAAGUCGGUCGUGUUUGCUGCGCAAAACAUUCAGCUUGGGCUAGCAGAAGCUCAGGUGGCCGGUGGUAUGGAGAACAUGUCCAGAGUUCCGUACUACUUGCCAAGGAGCAGCGGCCUACCGGCUUUUGGCAACGUUCAACUGGAAGAUGGUCUGAUCAAGGACGGCCUCACGGAUGUUUACGAUCAGUUCCAUAUGGGAAACUGCGCCGAGAACACGGUGAAGAAGCACGGUAUCACCAGGGAUAUGCAGGAUCAGUACGCCAUUCAGUCAUAUGAACGGGCACAGGCCGCGUGGAAGGCCAAUGCGUUCAAGGACGAAAUUGCUCCAGUGACUGUGUCAUCAAGGAAAGGUGACAAGGUCAUUGAUACCGAUGAAGGAUACCUCGAUAUCAAAUUGGACAAGGUGCCAACCUUGAAGCCUGCUUUUGUUCGUGAUGGUACCGGUACAGUGACGGCGGCGAACUCGUCAACGCUGAAUGAUGGUGCAAGCGCCCUUGUUCUCGGAAGCAAGGCCAUUGCACAGGAGUAUGGAUCCGGCUCUCGCGUGCUGGCAAGGAUUUGCGGUUCUGCGGAUGCUGCCAUUGACCCGAUAGAUUUCCCGGUUGCCCCUGCGGAAGCGGUGCCGAUUGCGCUGAAACGAGCAGGAAUUACCAAGGACCAAGUGGCCGUCUGGGAGUUCAACGAGGCGUUUGCCGCGGUCAUUAAGGCCAAUGAGAAGAUACUUGGCCUGGAAAAGGCACGCGUCAACCCCCUGGGCGGCGCUAUCUCUUUGGGCCAUGCCCUGGGAAGCUCCGGAUCCCGAAUUCUGGUAACUUUGCUCCACCAGCUUAAGCCUGGCGAGUAUGGCGUGGCAGCCAUUUGCAACGGAGGUGGAGCUGCCACAGCCAUGGUUGUACAGAGGAUUGAGUCCGUAUGA